GUCUGCCACCCAGGAAGAAUCCAUGAAGAAGAGGAAGAUGGAUGAUUACAUCCUUCAUCCAGAAGAGCGGGCCGCGUUCUUCACACUCCUUGAAGACGAGAACAUCCAGUUAUUUCUUAUCAGCGACAGCUGCUUGAAGAUCUCGGACAAGUAUCUCCUGGCCAUGGUCCUCACCUACUUCAGAAGAGCAGGACUGCCUACUGAAGAAUAUAGAAAAUAUUUCUUUCCAUCUCUGUUUUUGGCCAACCAAUUUGAAGAGGACGAGCCAUUUCGAGAGGAGAUCUACCCCUGGGCCUUUGGAUGGACGUGGACCGUACAGCAGGAGCAGCUUCACCAACUGCGUAACCUAUUGUUCAUCCGGAUGGGAUUCAGAGCUUGGGUGGACCGGGCCACCUGUGAUCUGAUCAUGGCACAAGACCCUGGACAUUGGGCAUGGAAGAGAGAGAGGAAAGUCCAUCACAGCUGGGCCAUACGCCAAUUCAGGAGGAAAGACACAGAAUUCUCCAUCAAAGGCCCAUGGAUCAGACCUGAACCCUGCUCUCUUUGUAACCGCAUUGCCCAUUGAGGAGGAGGACAUCUACUGCCAGACAGACACAUAGGAACGCAGUACAGCAGACGGACAAACAUCUGUGAUGUGCUGCUGCCAGGAUGGAGAACAUGGCUGCUGGACCUACAAGGAGAAGAUCGUGAGGACAGGAUGGAUGAAGACCUGGAUGAUGGUAUGUAUCAUUCAUAGUCCCGCACUCACAAAA